AGCAAAAUAAACGUAAGCAAAAAUUUGAUAGAAGAAGGAUAAAUCGCAAUCUUUAUAUAAAAAAACAGCAAAAAAUAAACGGCAACCGCUAAAAGGAGUAAUUUUAAAAUUUUACUGCGUGCUUUAAUUGUUUAAUUAUCUUCAAUAUUAAAGUUCAAUACAGAUAUGUCCGGCGGUGGACGGGAAUCCACUAGCGGCGGCAGCACUCAUAGCACUCAUAGCAAUGGCAGCAAUAGUAACGGUGUUUCGUCAUCAGCAGUGGCCACGACGCCGACUUCAACGGGGCAAUCAGUAAAUCAAAGAUCGCGCGGCCGUCCCGCCAAACGUGCAACUUGUACAUGGUGUGCGGAAAGCAAACAAUUGCUGCAGUAUGUCUUACCCACUCAAAAUGGCAAGAAGGAAUUCUGUUCGGAAACAUGUAUAGCCGAGUUUCGCAAGGCCUAUAGUAAAGGCGCUUGUGCACAGUGUGAUAACGUUAUACGCGAUGGAGCACCUAAUAAGGAAUUCUGCUCGCUGAUGUGUAUGAAUAAACAUCAGAAAAAGAAUGGUUCUACGCGGUCUGUUAAUAACGGGGCUAGAGGGGAUUCAGAGCGUAGCAAAGCUAUGGGUGGUGGUGGCUCAUGCAUUCCGACUGGACCUUUUCAGUAUGAGAGUUUUCAUGUUUUCAAUUGGGACGCAUACUUGGAGGAAACGGGUAGCGCGGCUGCUCCUGCAGCUUGUUUUAAACAGGCUGGUAAUCCGCCCGUUAACGACUUUAAAAUCGGUAUGAAACUUGAGGCUUUAGAUCCACGUAAUGUUACUUCCACUUGCAUAGCUACGGUAGUGGGUGUAUUGGGCUCACGUUUACGUUUGCGUCUAGAUGGCAGUGACAGUCAAAACGACUUUUGGCGUUUAGUCGAUUCGAAUGAGAUCCAUGCGAUUGGUCAUUGUGAGAAAAACGGCGGUAUGUUGCAACCACCACUUGGUUUUCGCAUGAAUGCCUCCAGCUGGCCCGGCUACCUGUGCAAGAUACUCAACAAUGCCAUGGUGGCGCCGGAAGCGAUUUUCCAACCGGAACCAGCUAACCCUAAGGAAAAUCUCUUUUGUGUGGGCCAAAAGCUCGAGGCGGUCGACAAAAAGAAUCCUCAACUGAUUUGCUGUGCAACAGUUGAUGCGAUCAAAGACGACCAAAUCCAUGUGACAUUCGAUGGGUGGCGUGGAGCGUUUGACUAUUGGUGCAGUUACAACUCGCGGGAUAUUUUUCCCGUGGGUUGGUGUGCCCGUAGUUGUCAUCCUAUGCAACCGCCCGGUCAUAAAUCACGCAUGGAUUCCAACUCGAGUAAACACCGCAGCCCUCGACAACGUUACACCUUCAUACAAGAAUCAGACGCGAUGGUGCCGGCAUCACCGGUAACAGCCCAUUUUCAUACUAAUUGUAAAGGUGGACCUUUUAUUAAUAGCUCUAAGCUACCAUCAAUGGUCACGGGGCCUACACAUCAAACUCUCGCUAAAUUAUGUUUGCAAGAAGUGCUGGCUGCCAGUACAGAUACACAACAAUUGUCUAAACUAUUAUUUGUUUUGGACGGCGAUGUGCACAUAGUCACAGCGGCGGGUAAGAAUUUCACGGUUAAAAUUCCGUCACCACUACGUAUGAAAGAUGACGAGAGUUUAGCACAAUUCAUUGAAACUUUAUGCACAACAUGCGGGGCAUGCUCCAACUUAAUAUCGCUUACACCUGAUACUGAAGAUUGUGAGAAAUGUGCGAAUUCAAAAAAAAGGCAUAAUAGUCAAACAUCGGGUGGCACUGCAUCCCCGGUGGUACCUGAAAAACGCAGCAAACUUCAAACAACUUCAGAGAAGGUUAAUAUUAAGCAAGAAGCGCCCACUUCGACGACGGCGACUGUACAUAUUGCAAAUGUGUUAAACAAUGGAGAUGAGAGUGGGCCAGCGGAAACAACAUCCGUUACUAUUAAUAACAAUAGUAAUCCAACGUCGUCCUCCUCACCACCAGUAGCCACGUCGCCAUCCGCAAAACCAGAAGGGAACAAUACAGGUAGUAUCAGCAGCAGUAUUCGUAGUGACAGUAACAGCAGUGCUAGUAGUACUAACAGCAAUGUUUCGGCUACCGCACAUGUUAAAACUGAGCCAAAUGCUAACGCAGGCAAUGGAGAGUUGUUGCAGACCGGUUCACAAGUUCAAGUACUGAGGAAGGUACGCAUACACCAUCACGGCUCAACAUCAUCUUUGCCAACGUCCGCUUCGUCAUCGUCUUCUUCGUCGGCGUCACCGCAGGAUGAACGUGAAAAGCAUCCAAUUAACAUUAAUCAUAGAAACAAUAAUACGAAAAUAAAUUAUUUGGCGCCGCUGGUCGCAGAAAUACAACCAGAGCAGUCUAGCAUAAUAGCUACGGCUGCUACCUCAACUUAUAAAUCACCUUCAGCUCUCUCAUCCAGCGCGUCCUUGCCUACUUCGGUUUCGAUACCGUUUUGUGCUUCGCAAUCACCGUCAUCGACGGCAACUGUGGCCGCUGCACCCGCAGCCGCGAUAGUACAUGCUUCAACUUCAAGUUAUAUUGGAGCAGGAGGCACUGGAAUUACGCAUUUGCCUAAUAUAUCUGUUAAUUUAAACGCACCCACGGCCGCUUUGCCGCCACUGCGGUCGCAUCCCGGCGAUUGGUCUAUCGAAGAAGUUAUACAGUUUAUUGAGACGAAUGAUAGCACACUAGCUGUGCAUGGUGAUCUUUUCAGGAAACAUGAAAUUGAUGGCAAAGCCUUGUUAUUGUUAACCACGGAGAUGAUGAUGAAAUACAUGGGUCUUAAACUUGGACCGGCCUUAAAAAUCUGCAAUUUAGUAAAUAAAGUCAAUGGACGUCGUAAUAACAUGUCCCUGUAAAUAUAAUUAUAAUAUAUGCAUAAAUGUCGUAGCAUAGAAACCUGUUUUACUCUAAUCCUCUAGCAUUCAAAUUCCCAUUCUCCCAAACCACAUUUAACCAUAUAUUUCAAAUUGGAUCAAAAAUAAUACUGAAAAUCUAAAUAUCUCUUUGAACCUCAGAAUAAUUGCAAAAAAUUAGAUUUGCUUUAGGGCAAACCUAAGAUACCCUACCUAAACACCGAGCUUUCAUCCAAGAAAAUCGAAGAAAAAACCGAAUACAUCCAGGCAUUGUAAGCCCCAGGCUCAAGCUUUUGUUUCUAAUAAAUCGUAUCUGCGAUUAUGAAUACAAAAGAUUUGUCCUGUUUUGUGUAUAUGAAAGAAUGAAAAAGAAACUUCUCCAGUUAUGGGUAUCGGAACUGAAAAGCAUUUGCAUUUGCAUAAAACCGGCAUAAAUAUAAGGUUAUUACAUAUAUAAUGGAAAUGUUGUUUAUAUAAGAACUUUACGUAAUCUCUAAAGUCAAGUCUGCUCUAAAUAAAUAAGAAGCGGGUUUUCUAUUUU